AUGAAACGGCGCCGGCUCCCCAGCAGCAGCGAGGACUCCGACGACAAUGGCAGUUUGUCUGCUUGGUCCCAGCAUUCAAGAUCUCGACGUCGGAUGACUUCGUGCUCCAGACAUGAAGAUCGAAAACCCUCAGAGGUGUUCAGAACGGACCUGAUCACUGCCAUGAAGUUACAUGACACCUUCCAGCUGAACCCUGAUGAAUACUAUGUGCUGGCAGACCCCUGGAGGCAGGAGUGGGAAAAGGGAGUUCAGGUGCCAGUUAGCCCAGGGACCAUCCCAGAACCAGUAGCCAGGAUUGUGUCCGAGACCAAAGCGGUCACGUUCACGCGUCCCAGGAAGUACAUUGUGUCCUCGGGCCUGGAGCCUCCGGAGCUGGGCUACGUUGACAUUCGAACCUUAGCGGACGCCGUGUGUCGCUACGACCUCAACGACGUGGAUGUGGCCUGGCUGCAGCUCGCCAACGAGGAGUUCAAGGAAAUGGGGAUGCCCGAGCUGGACGAGUACAGCAUGGAGAGGGUCCUGGAGGAGUUUGAGCAGCGGUGCUAUGACAACAUGAACCACGCCAUCGAGACCGAGGAGGGCCUUGGCAUCGAGUAUGACGAGGACGUCGUCUGCGACGUCUGUCAGUCUCCAGAUGGAGAGGAUGGCAACGAGAUGGUGUUUUGUGACAAAUGCAAUAUUUGUGUGCACCAGGCGUGCUACGGCAUCCUCAAAGUGCCCGAGGGCAGCUGGCUGUGCCGGACGUGCGCGCUCGGCGUGCGGCCCAAGUGCCUGCUGUGUCCCAAGAAGGGAGGCGCCAUGAAGCCCACGCGGAGCGGCACCAAGUGGGUCCACGUCAGCUGCGCCCUGUGGAUUCCCGAGGUGAGCAUUGGCAGCCCAGAAAAAAUGGAACCUAUUACGAAGGUUUCUCACAUUCCCAGCAGUAGAUGGGCAUUAGUGUGCAGCCUUUGUAAUGAAAAAGUUGGGGCUUCAAUACAGUGUUCAGUGAAGAACUGCAGAACAGCCUUUCACGUGACCUGUGCGUUUGAGCGCGGCUUGGAGAUGAAGACCAUCCUGGCGGAGAACGAUGAGGUCAAGUUCAAGUCGUACUGCCCCAAGCACAGCGCUUCCAAGCCGGCACCUGAGGGGCCCCUGCUCGCGGAAAGCCCAGGCCAGGAGAACGGGAACGGGCUCCCGGACAGCGCUCGCCCGGCCCACAUGGCCCCCUUCCACGGCAUCGAGCAGAACCACGAGGAGGCCCACAGGGUCAGCGUCCGCAAGCAGAAGCUCCAGCAGCUGGAGGACGAGUUCUACACGUUCGUCGAGUCCUCGGAAGUGGCUAAAGCGCUGAGGCUGCCCGAGGAGCCCGUGGGAUUCCUGUACCAGUACUGGAAGCUGAAGAGAAAAGCCAAUUUCAAUAAGCCCCUGAUCACCCCAAAGAAGGACGAGGAGGACAAUCUGGCCAAGCGAGAGCAGGAUGUUCUGUUCAGGCGCUUGCAGCUCUUCACGCACCUCCGGCAGGACCUGGAGCGGGUACGUAAUCUCACCUACAUGGUAACCCGAAGGGAAAAAAUCAAGAGGUCUGUUUGCAGAGUUCAAGAGCAGAUAUUUAAUGCCUACGCAAAGCAGUUGGAACAGGAUGGUGUUUCAGGUGUGCCUUCCUCCUCCUCCUCGAUGGAAAACAUGGUGUUGUUCAACAGUCCCUCUCUGGGCCCUGAUGCCCCCAAGAUAGAGGACUUGAAGUGGCAUUCAGCCUUCUUCAGGAAGCAGCUGGGCACGUCCCUGAAAACAUGCGGUCGGACAGCGCCCGGCACGCGCAGGGAUCCAGUGCCUAAAUGCAACGGAGGCCUCGUCAGAAUAAACCCCAACCAGACGGUAGUUAAAGUGCCUACGACGCCCACGAGCCCGGUGAAAAACUGGGGCGGAUUCCGAAUUCCAAAGAAGGGGGAGCGGCAGGUGCAGGGCGAGAGCCCCGAGGGGCCCGGCCGCCACGGCGCCGGCUACCCCUACUUGGCUGUGGGCCGCCUCUCGCCCAAGGACAGGACCAGGAGCAAGCCCAGGCCCGACAGCGAGAACGACGGCUACGUGCCCGACGCCGAGAUGAGCGAUUCGGAGCCGGAGGUGGCGGAGAAGAAGUGCAGGCAGCAGCGGCUCAGCCCCAGCAGGGCGCUCGGCAGGCGGCAGGACGGUAUCAGGAGGAGUAUCCUGGCCUCCUGA